AUGGCAUCCCCGACCACUGGCUACUCUAUAAAUGUGAAUGAUCCUAGCUUGAUCUCACUGGUCAACAAGCUUCAAGAUGUGUUUUCUACAGUCGGCGUCCACAACCCCAUCGACUUGCCCCAGAUUGUCGUCGUCGGAUCGCAGUCGAGUGGAAAGAGUUCAGUACUAGAGAACAUUGUCGGUCGUGAUUUCUUGCCUCGUGGUUCCGGAAUUGUCACUCGGAGACCUCUCAUUCUGCAACUUAUCAACAGACCCGCUACCGCGCAAACAAAUGGCGACAAGAAGCUCGAGACCACCGAUAGCGAGUCCAACGUCGAUGAGUAUGGCGAAUUCCUACACAUGCCUGGCCAGAAGUUCUUCGAUUUCAACAAGAUUCGCGAGGAGAUCGUCCGUGAGACUGAGACCAAGGUUGGCCGCAAUGCCGGUAUCUCACCUGCUCCGAUCAACCUUCGAAUCUACUCGCCCAACGUCCUCACCCUGACCCUUGUCGAUCUGCCCGGGUUGACCAAGGUGCCCGUCGGAGACCAACCGAAGGAUAUCGAGCGUCAGAUUAAGGACAUGGUGCUCAAGUACAUCAGCAAGCCCAACGCCAUCAUCCUUGCCGUGACUUCGGCCAACCAGGAUCUGGCCAACUCUGAUGGUCUGAAGCUCGCGCGUGAGGUAGAUCCGGAGGGCCAGCGCACCAUCGGUGUGUUGAGUAAGGUUGAUCUGAUGGACGAGGGCACUGAUGUCGUGGAUAUUCUCGCUGGACGAAUUAUCCCCCUGCGCCUGGGUUACGUUCCCGUUGUUAACCGUGGCCAGCGUGAUAUUGAGAACAAGAAGCUCAUUGCCUACGCUUUGGAGAACGAGAAGAAUUUCUUCGAAAACCACAAGGCUUACCGAAACAAGGCAUCCUAUUGCGGUACUCCCUACCUUGCUCGGAAAUUGAACUUGAUCCUUAUGAUGCAUAUUAAGCAAACUCUGCCCGAUAUCAAGGCUCGUAUUUCCUCCUCGCUGCAGAAAUAUACUACCGAGCUGUCACAACUUGGCGAUUCAAUGCUUGGCAACAGCGCCAACAUUAUCCUCAAUAUCAUUACUGAGUUCAGCAAUGAAUACCGCACGGUAUUGGAAGGCAACAACCAGGAGCUAUCCAGCAUCGAACUCUCGGGUGGUGCUCGUAUUAGCUUCGUGUUCCACGAGCUCUACUCAAAUGGUGUCAAGGCUGUGGAUCCCUUCGAUCAAGUGAAGGACAUCGAUAUUCGCACUAUUCUCUACAACUCGUCGGGUUCAUCCCCGGCCCUGUUCGUCGGAACCACUGCCUUUGAAUUGAUUGUGAAGCAACAAAUCAAGCGACUGGAAGACCCUAGCACCAAGUGUAUUUCGCUGGUCUAUGACGAGCUGGUGCGCAUCCUCGGCCAACUGCUUAACAAGCAGCUGUUCCGUCGCUAUCCGAUGCUGAAGGAGAAAUUCCAUGCCGUUGUCAUUGCUUUCUUCAAGAAGUGCAUGGACCCCACCAACAAGUUGGUUAAAGAUCUGAUCAGCAUGGAAGCCACCUAUAUCAACACUGGCCACCCCGACUUCCUCAACGGUCACCGCGCUAUGGCUAUCGUCAACGAACGCCAGCAGGCCGCCAAGCCUACCCAGGUCGAUCCGAAGACUGGCAAGCCUCUGCCCCCUCGUGCGCAGAGCCCAUCUCUGGAUACCACUGGCGAGGCCGGCAAUCAGAGUGGAUUCUUCGGUAGCUUCUGGGCUUCCAAGAACAAGAAGAAGAUGGCUGCCAUGGAAGCUCCGCCACCUACCCUUAAGGCCUCUGCCAGUCUGUCCGAGCGCGAAGCCACUGAGGUCGAAGUGAUCAAGCUCUUGAUUACCUCCUACUUCAACAUCGUCAAGCGUACCAUGAUCGACAUGGUUCCUAAGGCCGUCAUGUACACCCUCGUCCAGUUCACCAAGGAUGAGAUGCAGCGCGAGCUUCUAGAGAACAUGUACCGCAACAAUGAGCUAGACGACUUGCUAAAGGAGAGCGACUACACCAUUCGCCGGCGGAAGGAAUGCCAGCAGAUGGUCGAGAGCCUGGGCCGCGCCAGUGAGAUCGUCAGUCAGGUCCAGUAA